GGUAGUGUCAAGUUACUGGACAUGAAGGCGGUUGACAGAAGAUACAUCUGUGUAAACGAGGCCUCUUUGUGUCACAAAGAAAAAGUAUUGAAGUGACACGACACGGAUCGUUUAAAGAGACAAAGAUUAUUAACAAUUUAGAGAUCUGCAAAUAGGAAGACUGAGAUUGUAGCUACCUUAAGAAAACGAAGACUAUACCCGGAAGAGGUAGCGAGCGAGAACGUUUCGGCCUGCCGAAUGAUCUAAUGCAAGGAACAUAGAGUUUCUCUUCUGGAGUGUCAUCUGGACUGCUCGUAGUGAUGGCAAUCGCACAUCUGGCCACUGAGUACGUUUUUACGGAUUUUCUUCUUAAAGAUCCCCCGGAGUCCAAGUUUAAAGGACUACGCCUGGAGCUAGCAGUGGACAAGAUAGUUACAUACGUAGCAGUGGGACUGCCACUGUUGCUGAUUUCACUUGCCUUUGCUCAGGAGGUGUCCGUAGGCACCCAGAUCAGCUGCUUUUCUCCAACCGCUUUCUCCUGGAGACAGGCGGCCUAUGUGGACUCAUUCUGCUGGGCAGCAGUACAGCAGGCACAUGCAUCCCAGUCAGAUCCCCAUGGCACUCCUCUUUGGCUACACAAGUUCUUCCCUUAUGUCCUCCUGCUCAUGGCUGUCUUCUCGUAUAUCCCAUCUCUUUUUUGGCGCUUCACAGUCACUCCUCACCUCUUUGCUGACCUGGCCUUCAUCAUGGAGGAGUUGGACAAGAAAUACAACAGGGCCAUCAGAUUUUCCAAGAGUUUUUAUAGCAGUGGAGACACAAAUAGCAGUGAUGCAAAUGAAACCCUCUUCAAAUACCCACUGGCCGAGGAGUACCUGAAAACCAAAAAGCUGUCUAGAGACUUGGUCAUCAAGUACCUUACCUGCAGGAUCAUGACCUUAGUCGUUAUCAUCCUGGCCUGCCUUUACCUAGGCUACUACAUCCAUCUGGCUUCACUGACAGAUGAAUUCCGCUGCACCAUCAAGACAGGCAUACUCAAGAACGACACAACUGUGCCCGAGUUCUUGCAGUGCAAGCUGAUAGCAGUGGGCGUCUUCCAGGUACUCAGCUUCAUCAACCUGAUUGUGUACAUCUCUCUAGCACCUGUCAUCAUUUAUGCCACCCUGCUCCCAGUGCGCAAGAGCUGUGACUUCCUGUCAGCCUAUAGCAUCCUGCCCACCUUCACAGCAAUUGACCUAACUAGCAACCCCUUCACUGAUUUUACCCUCUACCUCCUGUUCCUUGAAGAGAACCUCAGUGAGCUCAAAUCCUACAAGUGUGUGAAAGUUCUUGAGCUUCUGAAGGAAAACAACGAGGACAUGAAUAUCAUUGACAUUAUGGGGAACCUGGCACAGGUCAAGAUGGACACCGUGGAUGGCAAAAUAUCUAAUGCAAACUGCAAAGGUGCUGAUGGCAAGAUUUCAGACCUUGAACUGCAAGUUGUAUUGGAUCAGUCUGGGAGUGAUGGAAAAAAGAAGGAUGAAAAGAAUCCUAAAGAUGGCCCUCUUCGCCAGAGGCUUUUGGAGCCCUCCACUACAUGCUGACCUCAGGUUGUGGGCAUUUGCAUGAUUGUGCAGAACCCUAUUCUGGUUUUUGACAUCCAUAUUGACUGCAUGGUGUGUUGUUGCAAGAUACUUCAGAAGACUUCAGGAAACUAGUCUUACAGGUUGGCUAGGGACAAAGGUGGACGUGUUUGUGGUGCAGAACAACUUCUGGGCUGUAAGAGUGCACAUGGCCACUGAUGCCAAUGAUUUUGCUGAAAUGCCACAAUUUUGCCAAGAUGUUAACUUGAAUUUAUACCAUGUAAAAGUGCUCACCGUAGACAUUGCUGACUACUGCCAAAGGUUGAUCAUCGUCAAUGGCAUUUCUAUGAGAAGCUGAUUCUGGACUGGUCAAUCAAGGCCCAGCUAAUCUACCAUUGUGUUUGUACUGUUUGAGUGACCAUGAAGCCAAGACACCAGACUCUAUUGGUAGGCAAGUUCUGAGUCUGGGAAAAAAGAAGAAUGGAACAGAAGAACCAAUGAGUUUCCUUAUGUGGCUGCAAUCUGCUAAAGUAGUGUAGGUGUGUGAUUUUUUUAAUACUUAAACUGCAAAACCUGUGGUCACACUCUACUUUGAUUACUUGUGCCUUCAGGGAACUCUUGGUGAAGGACUUCCUGGACACACAGGACUGUUUUUUCUUCUUGUAGCAUCACAUGUUAUUCACCCGUCCAUCUCGGAGUCCGUUAGGAAAGAGUGCCCCACUGCAUCCAGUGCAUUCGUUUCAGCUUCUUUAUUCUUAGUCUCGUUUAAUGUUCUGGCCAGUAACGUUGCUGAGUCAGAGCGAGCAUCCAGGAUCAACUGUGGCCUUUGAUGUACUGGUGCUAAUCUCCAUAGUGCCUGCCGACUGGAUUAUUGGGCCUCGCCUCCCUGUGUAGGGACCGUCCACUGGUUCUUAUACUUUUACACUGGAAAUGGAUUGAUCUCAGGGAACUCUGAGUUAAACCUCGCUGUGCUAGUGGUACUCCAUACUCGGGAGCUGCUCACUCCUUUCUGCACUGGUGGUAGACUGGACCUACUGUAGUUCACACAGAUCAUUCACUGUUUACACUAUGAAGAGUUUGGUCCCAGUGACCACUGGCUCAUUUUUUUUUUAAUAUUAGUCUUGUAAACUGUCCUCAUUCUCUAUCUCUAAAGCUACAAAUGUAUCCCCAUUGAAUUUGUACUUUGUUUAUACUGGAAGGUUUGGUCCCUCUACUCACUGGGCUUGUUCUCCUUUUAUUGGUGCUGGAUUGGCUUUAGUGUUUAUUGGCCUCUCUCUUUCUCUUUAUGUAGGCGUAGGGUUGGUCCCAGCAUGCACAGGGUUUAUUAUCGCUAUAUACUAGUAAUGGGAUGAGUCCUAAGGUACACUGGGCUGCGUUCCAUUUACCUCGGAAGUCAGAGGUUAUAUCCGGGUUGACCACAUUCCAGUAAAACGUUCAGAAAACCAAAAUAGAUGCCUCCAGGAAAACAUUUGUUGUGUUUGUUCUUUCAUAAUAAUGACAACUACUGAACAAGUUUUGUGCAUCCAAACAUCGUAGCAACAUGUGCACAGAUAGAAGGUGGACAGUACUGUGUGUACCACAGAUUUAAUGAGACUCAAACAGACAGAAGUGCUAACAAACAGUAUACCUGUAAUAUUACAGCUUUCACUUCUGUUGAGGUAUGGUGCUGCCAUCUUGGAUCAUGAGGUCAGGGUUGGUGAGGCUCUCCAGAUUUUGGAAAUCUGACUUGUGGAGACUUUCCAGUUACAACUUUCUACUGGGAACUCUUCUGAGUUAACUCUGAUUUCCCAGUUCAAGUGGAACAUAGCACAUUUCUCUUUUGAGACUGGUUUAGCCACGGUGUACAACAGGUUUGUGUUCCCCCUAUAUUAGUGUGGGUCUGUUUGUAGGGUACACCUACUCUGUCUCUCUCUGGAUACCACUUUGGCCCCAAGCUAUAUUGGACUUGACAUCUUUCUGUGUCGGAACAGGUCUAGCCCUAGUACGCAGUGGGCUUGUUCUUUGUCUGGAGCUGUAAGUGUGAAUCAAUGUGCAUAGUAUUUUGGCUUUUUUACUUUCUCAUACACGAAGUAUAGGGAAAGUGUUGUAAUCAUCCAAAAAUUCAAAGUCGAGAUUUUGAUGAAUCGAUGUUUCCUGAGUCCAAAAAUACCAUUUCUGGAAUUAUGUCUGUGUUUGUGUGUACAGUAAUCCCUCCUCCAUCGCGGGGGUUGCGUUCCAGAGCCACCCGCGAAAUAAGAAAAUCCGCAAAGUAGAAACCAUAUGUUUAUAUGGUUAUUUUUAUAUUGUCAUGUUUGGGUCACAGAUUUGCGCAGAAACACAGGAGGUUGUAGAGAGACAGGAACGUUAUUCAAACACUGCAAACAAACAUUUGUCUCUUUUUCAAAAGUUUAAACUGUGCUCCAUGACAAGACAGAGAUGACAGUUCCGUCUCACAAUUAAAAGAAUGCAAAUAUAUCUUCCUCUUCAAAGGAGUGUGCGUCAGGAGCAGAUAAUGUCAGAGAGAUAGAGAAAAGCAAACAAAUCAAUAGGGCUGUUUGGCUUUUAAGUAUGCGAAGCACCGCGGCACAAAGCUGUUGAAGGCGGCAGCUCACACCCCCUCCAUUAGGAGCAGAGAAAGAGAGAGAGAGAGAGAUAGCGAGAGACAGAUAAAAACAAACAAUCGAAAAUCAAUACGUGCCCUUCGAGCUUUUAAGUAUACGAAGCACCGUGCAGCAUGUCGCUUCAGGAAGCAGCUGCACAGAAGGUAGCAACGUGAAGAUAAUCUUUCAGCAUUUUUAGACGAGCAUCCGUAUCGUCUAGGUGUGCGAACAGCCCCCCUGCUCACACCCCCUACGUCAGGAUCAGAGAAAGUCAGCGCAAGAGAGAGAGAGAGAAAAGUAAGUUGGGUAGCUUCUCAUCCAUCUGCCAAUAGCGUCCCUUGUAUGAAAUCAACUGGGCAAACCAACUGAGGAAGCAUGUACCAGAAAUUAAAAGACCCAUUGUCCGCAGAAAUCCGCGAACCAGCAAAAAAUCCGCGAUAUAUAUUUAAAUAUGCUUACAUAUAAAAUCCGCGAUGGAGUGAAGCCGCGAAAGGCGAAGCGCGAUAUAGCGAGGGAUUACUGUAUAUAAACACGAUAACUUGAGUACACUUUCAUUUAGGUCAACCAAAUUUUGCAUGCAAGUAUUAGGUACAAAAUGUAAAUUUCUGUCUACUUUUGGGGUAUUUCUGUUAACUGGAAGUGGUACUUUACCUUUUAUUCAUGCAGCUGUAGAGUCCAAUUAAUUAACUUUGCUUUAAUUGUUCAAUAUAUUGAUAAUUUGAUUUGAUUUGUUGUUGAUGGUUCAUGUACAUAAUAUAAGAAUAUAAUCAUUGUCUUGUGGUUUACUUCUCAAAUAUCCAUCCCCAUAUCUGAGUAUAUGAGAAAGUCGAGGGGAGACCACUAAUGAUGGGUUAUAUUGGGAUUAAUAAAGUAUCUAUCUAUCUAUCUAUCUAUCUAUACUCCUUCUAAUGGCAUCAGCUGGGUAAUUUUUCUUCUCCCUCUCUCUAUCUCUCUCUUACUUGAUGUGGGUAUGACUUUGGCCUCUUGUUCUCUUUCUAUAUUACUAUGGACCUGUUUGUCAGAGACACUGGGCCAGUUCUCUCUCUGUCUUUUGGCAAAAUUGGACUCGCCUGUGCUCUGGCCUUAUUCUCUGCCCUGGUAUAUUGUCAUUUCAUCCAUAGGGUCUUUCUACAGUACAUUGGUUUGGGGCUGAGGUUUGUGCAUGGUGGGCUUGUUCUCUUGGUAUUGGUUUGUGUUUGACCACACUUUAGACUAAAUUUGGCCCAGCAUUUAUUUUGAUUGUUCUUUUUUCUUUUAGCUCCAGUGUAUCUGGGGUUUGUUCUCACUACGCCUUCUCUUGUCUGGCAUGAUCCUGGUUCGUAAAGUAACUGGGGCUGUGUCUCCCAUGAGUGGACAAUUCCAGUCAAAAUAAUAUCCUGACUCACUGGAAGGACACUUGCUGUUGGAGGGUCCCACAUUUUCUCCUCCGUCUCCCCAUUAACCUCCAAUCGUUGCAACUCAGGAAAGCCCAGAGGUUCAUUAGAUAGUUUGUGUUUUCAUGCAUGCCUACAGUCUGCAUGCUUAGCAGGUCACCCCCAUUUACUUUUGGAGCUGUCACUUGGGGUGAUGUUCCCACUGCCUCUCUAGUUGUCUUUCUUGAAAUGCAAACUCAGGACAUUGAAUUUAAAAGCCACCAGUUGUAUCGCACAGAUGAAGACAAUUUCCAGUAGCCAGCUUCAGAUGUGUCUCUCUUAGCUCAUGAUGCAGCUUUCCAGCUCAGUGGCUUACUCUAAAAUGCCAGCUGUUAUACUGAAACUUGGAAGAGGCCAGUCCCAUAGCUAGCACUGGGUGUUAUGGCCUUAAUCUCAGACUAAAGUUCUGGUGAAUGUAAGCUGGGAAUGGCCAUAUGCUGGUUUUAGCCUGUCUGGUAUAACCAGGGAAGUGGGAUGCCAGCUGGACAUUGGUAAUUUAUUAUGGGUUUGUGGGUAUUCUUUUUGUUCAAGUGCUCCUUAAGCCAUAUGUGGCAUGAGUUAGUGUCGCCCGCAGGGUUAUUUACAGUGUGUCUCAACACAGAGCUCUGGUGUCUCUCGAGCAUCAUGUGGUACUCUGGCUUUUGAGAGGCACAUGGCAACUGGGAAUGCAUGCUGGGAAACAGUGGUGAAUAAAGCUCUUGUUGCACACUCAAA